UGCAACCCCCACUCUUGAGUUUUCCACAGCACGAGAAAGAAAAUUCUUCGCGAUCAAGCGCGCAACCAUCGCCAUGUCAACUCUCGGCAACAAUAACGCGCAUCCAGCGUGCCAUCCUAUAUAACCGGACGCUACCUACCUGUGUGUUCUCACUCGGUUCUUCUCGGAGCCCCACGCCUCGACGAGACCACGAGCGAAUCGAUCACUCCGCUCCGCCAUGACCGAUCAGCUGGCCCCCGGGUUCCGCUUCUACCCCACGGAGGAGGAGCUGCUCUGCUUCUACCUCCGGAACAAGCUCGACGGCGUCCGCAGCGGCGACAUCGAGCGCGUCAUCCCCGUCGCCGACGUCUGCGCCCUCGAUCCAUGGCAGCUCCCAGAGGCGUACCGCGGCGAGUUCUCCGGGAACGGGGAGCCGUGGUUCUACUUCUGCCCGCGGCAGGAGCGCGAGGCGCGGGGCGGCCGGCCGAGCCGGACCACGCCGUCGGGGUACUGGAAGGCCGCGGGCACCCCGGGGUUGGUCUACGCCGCCGACGGCCGCCCCAUCGGGACCAAGAAGACCAUGGUGUUCUACCGCGGCCGCGCGCCGGCCGGGGCCAAGACCGAGUGGAAGUUAAACGAGUACAAGUCUCUGGAGGAAGAAGACGAGUAUGCCGCCGCCGCGCACGCCGCAGUUCCGGCGCCGAGCUUUGCUCUCCAGACGAGGAGCGAGUUCACCCUGUGCCGGCUCUACACCAAGUCCGGGUGCCCGCGGCAGUUCGACCGCCGGCCCGGCGCUGCAGCCGCGGCCGGCGGUGGCAGCGAGAACCCUGCUGCGGCGGCGUUGGCAAACGGGGAGGAAACGGGUCGGAAGAGGAGAAGGGCUGCGCCGAGCGAGGACACAUCGUCGAGCGACGGCGGUGGCGACCCCUCCACGCAGCAGCGGCUCAGACAAAGAGGCGCCGAUGAGGGGCCCAACGACGACAUGGUCAACUUGUCAGAGUUGCUGGACUACUGGUUUGAUACUGAAAAUUCAUUUUGAUGGACGAUCGUGCUAAGGGGAAAAAAAAGAACGAGCUCUUUACGGUAAUUUUGGAGUUUUCUUUGGAGCAACACGAUUUUUAGAAUUCGUUUCCCUACUGCAAAAUAAAUUUGGAGCAGUAGGUGGCUAAUUUUAGGAGAUUCGUUAAUGUAGAUUCACCUGUGUAACCCAAGUUUAUACGAGCUUAAAUUUUGUACCAAAAUGUUUUGAAAAAAAGAUACCAAAAUGGCAGGAUGGGAGUGGGACUUCAGAUAAUGGGAGUGGGACUUCAGAUAAGCUAGUCAACUCUUGGGUCUGCUGUACUUGUCCUUGUUGCAUCGCAAUAUGCAAAUUGUUUUAAGCAAAAGAGAGUUAGAAUGCAUGCCACUUGUGUUUUGGCCAUGCAAGCACA